AAUCAAGAAGCCACAGCUCCAGCUGUUAGUUGCCGCUAAAUUUCAUAACCUACAAAACAAGAAAAAUUGAGAUUUACAUUUACACAUUUUUGUUUCUUGUUUGUAUUUGUUUAAUUAUUAUAAAAUAAGUAGAAUAUUCCACUAUCCAAAAUAUUUUUACAUCCUGAAAUAGGCUUAUGAACGUAUACCAACAACCAAAUAUCAAUUUGAGGCGCAAAUAUGCAGGCAUUCCUGAAAACCGGCAAACUAGGCAGAGACGAGAAACCAUCGGGCAGCAAAUCAUCUGGCAAAGAUGACUCCAAAAAAAGCAGUCGCCCCACCCCUUGGGUCGAAAAGUACCGGCCCAAAACAGUCGACGACGUGGUAGAACAAAACGAAAUCGUAGCAGUUUUGAAACAAUGUUUAUCUGGUGCUGAUCUCCCACACUUUCUGUUCUACGGACCUCCCGGCACCGGUAAAACUAGUACUAUCAUAGCUGCUGCACGGCAGCUUUUUGGAGAUAUGUAUAAAGAGAGGAUUUUGGAGUUGAAUGCGUCCGACGAUCGAGGUAUUCAGGUGAUACGAGAUAAGGUGAAGGUGUUCUCACAGCUGACCGCUAGCGGUGUGAGACCUGAUGGACGACCAUGUCCGCCUUACAAGAUUGUGAUCCUAGAUGAGGCGGAUUCUAUGACACACGCAGCUCAGGCCGCCUUGCGUCGCACCAUGGAAAAAGAGUCCCGCUCCACCAGGUUUUGCCUGAUUUGUAACUAUGUGAGCUGUAUCAUCGACCCCUUGACGUCACGUUGCUCCAAGUUCCGGUUCAAGCCUCUCGGCGAAGGUAUGAUGCACUCCCGUCUCGAACUGAUCUGCAAGGAGGAGAACGUGAAAUGCGAGCAGGCCGCCUUGAAGUGUCUCGUGGAAACCUCUGGAGGAGAUCUGCGUCGGGCCAUCACCUGUCUCCAAUCCUGCGCCCGUCUGAAAGGGUCAGAAGGUAUCACCGAACAGGACGUCUUCGAGGUAACCGGCGUUAUCCCCGACCAUUGGAUUGUGGGACUGUUGAAGAUAUGUCAACAGUCUGAUUUUCAAAAACUGGAAGCGUACGUUGAGGAGUUGAUGUGCGAGGCGUAUUCGGCGGCGAGAGUUUUGGAACAGUUGCAUGAGAUUGUUGUUAAAUCGGUGGAUCUUUCUGAUAUUAAUAAAUCUGUGAUUUGUGAGAAAAUCGCGCUGUGUAGUUACAGGCUCCAGGAUGGGGCCAGUGAGUGUUUAGAAUUGCUCGAUUUGUGUUCUACCAUAAUGAAAUCAAAUUUGAAAGUCUGAAAUGAUUGAUUCGUGUAGCUAGGGACUGUCUGUUCUUCCAUAAUGGAAUCGAAUUAGAAAAUCUAAUGAUAUUGAACGGUAUUAAAUGAGCAUUUGAUGCUCUUCAUGAACAUUGAUUUAUGAGAUAUCAUAAUGAAGUGACGUCAAAUUUGUAAAUGUAAGAACUCAAAUGUAUUUAAGAAUUCAUAGUAUAACUGUAUUUAGGAAUUCAUACAAUUGCACUUAAAAUAAAAAAUCAACUAGAAGUAUUAUGCUAUCCUUGCAUAAUUUGAAUGUGGGACUCAAUAGGACUAUGAUAAGCUUUUCAAAGAAAAUGAACACUUUUCCUGAUCAACAGAUUAUAAUCCUGUAUCAUUUGAAUUUGGCACUCAGUAUAAGCUUUUCAAAGAAUGAUACAACAAACUAUUCCAACUAUUUUUUGUAAUUUUUCUAUUAUUUUUUUAAUUAAGGCCAAUAAAUAAUUGUUUUUCA